CACGAUUUUCAACGUCUGAGCAAGUUUUUAGCUGGAAAUCAACAAAAAGCUGUCAACAUAAAAAAAACUAACUAGUGUAACGCCUCAACCCCAAUUGGGCUUUGGCAUUUGCCUUUCUGGAUCCAGCGCUGUCUCGAUCCAGUCCUGACUUGAAGCUACUUUAGGUCUUUAUCCAGCGAUAGCUGGGACGAAAAACUUGUCAACAUAAUAUACAUUAAAGUUAGAAGGCGACACCGUAAGGUAGAGCGGCCCUUUCUUCAAAUAAAUAAGUCUUAUAUAUUUAUUGAGAUCAAGAGGAAGAAUUUGAAAGCUGUACAUUUUACUAACGUUUUGAUAACAAUUAAAAAUGGAGAACACAAGCGUUGAAGUCGACGCCGGGUUUGAGGACCUCGACGAAUCAAAUACAACAAACCAAAUCAACAAUGAAGUAAACCCAAACGAUGCUACAGACGAUAACAAAGAAGAUGUACUAGAAACUUCAGCUGAACAAAAUGAUAACGAGAUAAUUACACUGGAAGAUGAACUUCGAGAGAUAUUUUCCAGUUGUUCAGCUAAUUUCAACGUAGUUCAUAUUAAUGCACAGAGUAUAUCUGCACAUCAUCUCUCUUUGUUAGCAACAUUCGUCAAUCUUUAUAACGUCGAUGCCGUAUUAGUAUCGGAGACGUUCCUUAAAGACUCUAUGGAUUCAAAUGCUGGCGAUAUGCCAGGAUACAAUCUAAUUCGUAAUGACAGAGCGGGCAAAGGUUAUGGAGGAGUUGCAAUAUAUUUGCGCAAAGAGUUGCACUAUGAAACUGUCGAGAAAUCACCAAAUGGUUACACCAUGUCUGCUGAAUACUUAUUAAUUGAAGUGUGUCAUGAGAAAUCUAAAAUACUCUUGGGUGUAUUUUACAGUCCAUCUUCAAAAAUUGACUAUUUUGGAACAUUCGAAGGGUUACUCAAAGAGUAUCGACAUAAAUAUAAACAUGUAGAUAUUCUUGGAGAUUUUAAUACUGAUUUAUUGAAAAGGAAUAGACGUCUGAGGAAAUUGCUCUCUAUCGUUGAUGGUCAGGAUUUGCAACUUCUGCCUCUCGGCCCAACACAUUUUGCUCCCGGAUCGUCAGCGUCCAUCUUGGAUUUGAUCAUUGUCACUGACUUCGCUAAUGUGGCAAAGUAUGGUCAGCUGGGAAGUUAUUUCUCAUAUCAUGAUAUGAUUUAUGUCUCAAAUAUAUUAAAGUCUUGGAGGGAAAGGAUCCCAAUCGAAACUGGACAUAGCGGUAGUAACGAAGAACCUUUUUGGCAGAAAACCAAAGUCCGAAUAGCUCUUGCAGAACAAUUGAAAGCAUUAAAAAUCUACAAGGAGAGUGCAAGAGGUGAAAAUGAUUUAAAAGCUUAUCAAAUAGGCCGCGAGAAAAUCAAACAACUUGAAAAGGAGUACAAACGUGAAAAUCGUAAGAAUCAAAAAGGCCAAUAAGCAUUUGUCUAUCGUGUUUGUGAUUUAUUUAUUGAACUG